GUGUUGUGGUGGCUGUGGUAGACCCGCUGAGCGUUGGCCCCAAGCUCUUCAAGGAAGCUUCCAAGCAGUCUGUGUGGCUGAUGUUCAAUGAGAAAUCGGUUCGUGAAAGGAAGCAGAUCGUCAGAGCGGGCGCCUACACCCAGCAGAUGCUGUGCAACCUCUACAGUGAGAAGCCAUUGAGUUUGACCAUGCCCGAGGUUGAGCGCAAGAUCUAUCCCGGCUUUAGCCACGGCGACGUCAUCGGGUACAUUUCUUGCUUGGGCCAUUCGAAGCUUUGGCGAGUUCCCAGGAAGGACAAGCUCGACAUCCUUGGCAGCCGGCACGUGUUCAUUCCGGCCAACGCAAGCCAGCAAGGCGACGGCCAGCCGGCAGAGGAUGCGGCAGGAGCUGGAGAGCUUGAGAGCGUGUUCAGUUGCUCCAUGCUGCCGGUCGAGUACUACAUGGAGAUGGUCCAUUCCCUGAGCUGCAUCGGCAUUGUCGACGCAUCUCCAGCACAAGGACUGCAAACCGUGUUACUUAAGUCAUUGGUUUUUUUUAAUUCAUCGGAAAAUCUUGCAGGAGAGCUCCUGAAAGCAGCGAUGUCUUCUCGCACUCCUUGUCUUGCAAUUUGCGGGACGGAUGGACAUUGCAAGAAGCUUGAGAUCAUGUUGACGGAAUACAUCUACGAAGAGCAGCAGCGGGAUGGAUCCACCUACUACAUCCCUGAAUGA